CGAAUUGGAUGGGACGGAGGGAGUACAUUUGAAGGGCCUUGAUCUUUCUUUAUCAAAUACUCCACACAGAUCCCUGUACAAGAAUGCAUGGCUUAUGCCCAACACUUCUUGAUGUUGUUCAUUCUCUUUGUUUAUUAUUCCUACUUUCUUGACCUCUAUUCCACAGCUGCAAGCCUGCAAUACUGAGAUAUAUUUGAACUUUGAAGUAUUAUUUGUUUGUUUUUCUGUUUCAAGUCAUUAAGCAAUGAAAAGAAAGAUCAACAAUGGCAAUAAUAACACUAGUAGUCCCAACUGGCUGGGAUUUUCUCUCUCACCUCACAUGAAAAUGAAGGAGACUGAACAUAACCAUCAUCACUUCACUACUUCACUUUCCUCCACAGUUUCAACAAGCUUCUAUGGCUCUUCUCCCUCAACUUAUGCUCAAAAUGGUGCUUUUCACUCUCAUUUACCUGUGAUGCCUUUGAAAUCAGAUGGUUCUCUUUGUAUUAUACCACCAUUCUCCACAUCACAAAGCCUGCAAGGUGGUGCAAGCCAAAAUAGGGAGAGUAAGGCUCUCAGCUUAGACAGUGUUUAUUACCACCAAAAUGCUGCAGACCAAGAAGCUCAAAGGCAACAACAACAACAGGAGAUGCAAUAUUAUUCUGGGAUGCAUUGCCAUCAGUUGUAUCAAACUGCUUCUAUGCAAGAAGCCAGAGAUUCCCAGGGUGGAGAUAUUUUUUCUGAAAUUUUCCCAGGCCAAGAGAUGAACACUGGCACCAUGGUUCACAAUGAUGGUUCUGUUGUAGCUGCUUCUGGCUCUGUUGGGUCAAUGGGUUUUGGAGAUUUACAGUGUCUGAGCUUGUCCAUCAGCCCUGGCUCUCAAUCAAGCAGCAUCACAACUCAAGCAGAAAUCUCACCUGCUAAAAAGAAAGGGUCAGCCAAGAUGGGCUCAAAACAACUCAAAACCAAAACUAUUGACACUUUUGGGAAAAGAACAUCUCAGUAUAGAGGUGUCACCAGGCAUAGAUGGACUGGUAGAUAUGAAGCACAUUUGUGGGAUAAUAGUUGCCAGAAAGAAGGCCAAACAAGGAAAGGAAGGCAAGUGUAUCUUGGGGGUUAUGAUAUGGAAGAAAAAGCUGCAAGAGCUUAUGAUUGCGCGGCCUUGAAGUACUGGGGAUCUCAAACCCAUAUUAACUUUCCUUUGGAGAGCUACCAGCAACAACUCGAGGAUAUGAAAAGCAUGAGCCGACAGGAGUAUGUUGCGAAUCUGAGAAGGAAAAGCAGUGGGUUUUCGAGGGGAGCUUCAAUGUACAGAGGAGUAACAAGGCAUCAUCAGCAUGGAAGAUGGCAAGCUCGAAUUGGCCGGGUUGCAGGAAACAAGGACCUCUACCUGGGGACAUUCAGCACUCAAGAGGAAGCAGCUGAAGCCUAUGACAUUGCUGCUAUUAAGUUCCGCGGGGUAAGUGCUGUGACAAACUUUGACAUUACAAGAUACGACGUUGAAAAAAUCAUGGCCAGCGAUGCAAUACUUGCUGGAGAGCAAGCCAGGCGCCUGAAUGACUCAGAAACAACUAAUCACACGGGUAUUGUUGAGUACAUAAACCCGUUGUUAGUACCUUCAAGCCAAGGUGAAUUUUUCCAAUCUGCUAAUCACAAGAAUGCCAGUAGUUCAGAUUGGAAAAUGGUGAUGCACCAGUCUUCGCAACAGCAUGAACAAAAUCCUAAUUGUCUGGAAUCACUUGCUGAGCAAAAUACUAGUGUUGAACAAGAGCAGCAACAGCAGCACUACAAGAAUUUGUCUUUCUCAAUGGCUCUCCAGGAUUUGAUCAGUAUCGAGGCCAUGAAUUCGACGCAACAGAUGUUUGAUGAUUCAUUGACAUCAACAAAGAUUGAUAAUAGUAACCAUUUCUCAGAACCAUCUUCCCUGGUUACUAGUUUAAGUAGCUCAAGAGAAGCUAGCCCUGAAAAUUUCGCGGUCAUCACAGCCUCAAUGCUGUUCUGCUAAUGCAACUUCAAGUUCUUGGAUUUCAUCAGCUCAGCCAAGCCCUCCAAAUGGCUCACUUGCUGCUUUUUUUCUUCUUGUACUAGUGCUUGGCAAGGGAUUCUGUGUUUUAGUUGCAUGUGAAGGCUUGUUUAUUUGCAUGAACAACAGAAGACAAAAAAUAGUAAAAUUUUUGUGGUGUUUAGGUAUUAAAAAUAGGGCCAGUGGAAGACAUUAGGGGCCAUACUAUUUAUUUAAUUACUUGAAAAAUGGAGGGUAUGGUUUUAAUGGAGGGAUCAUUACAUAGAAAUGCUAUUAUAUUUUAUUGUUGAUUUGCAAAAAUUCUAAAA